AUGAUUCGAGUACUCCUGGUGGCGUUGAUACUUUUCCAACCGGAGACCCUCGCUCGAGAGUCCAAAAUCUUUGGUGGCGAAACAAAGUCCGUGGAGAACUACCCGUAUCUGGUUAAUAUUCGACGUGGUGGCGCCUUCCGCUGCGGCGGGGCUCUAAUCUCGCCCAGCUGCGUCCUCACGGCGGCCCAUUGCCUGGAGGGAAGACCCGACAGCCUCAGGGACUUGAGCGUCCACGCCCUACAGCAGUGCCUCAGUGAUGAACCCGCACCGGAGCACGUUCGUCAGGCUUGGUAUGCCAGAGUAAGCCCCGACUACAUGCCAAGUCGUGGCCUGGACGCCGACGUGGCUGUGAUCCGAUUAUCCCGUCCAUUCGACAUAGCCGGACGGGCUAGUUUCUUGAAGAUCGACUACAACGACCUGCCCCGGCACGUGAAUCUCACAAUCAUGGGCUGGGGCAUGACCCAGGAGCACUUCCAGAACUGGAAUCAGUGCCUUCAGGUGGCAGAGAUCCAGAAGCUGCCGCAAAGGGAAUGCAUCCAUCGGAUAGCCACUCCCCAGUAUCCCGUCACCGAAAACAUGUUCUGUGCCCUUGGCGAAAAUGCGACGGAUGCUUGCCAGGGUGACUCCGGAGGACCGGCUGUCAGCGAUGGCCGCAUCGCGGGCCUUGUCUCCUGGGGUUACGGCUGUGGAAGAGGCCAUCCCGGGAUCUAUACCCGGCUCAGCAGCCCUCGGAUUUCCUUUUGGCUAAAGUACUUUGUGGCGGGCCACUGUUGGGGGUGACCAGGCGGGGCAAUCAAGUAUACAACAAAGCCCUA